CUCGCCACUUUGGCAUAUCUGACUUGUGAAAUCAAAAAUCGGUGCGGUGCUUGAACUUUUAAGAUAUUCUAGAAAACCCCAAGAAAAUGGAGCAAUUCAAGGGUCUGCAGAAAUCCCUGUAUAUAUGGACGGAUAGCGCCGAUCUGGACAAGCGUGUGGAGGAGCUAAAGGCGGCCACCGGCGGCGAGGUGGCCCUGGAAAAUGUGCACCGUCUCUCGUUUUCCUCCUAUGCCAACUCCAGUUUCGAUCUGAUUGUCAUUGAAUGCGCCCAGUUGACCGACAGUUAUGUAAAACUGCUGCACAUGCUGAAACCCAGUGGCAAACUCCAUUUGGUGUCCUUCAUUGGACCGGCGGCUAAUCUCCUGCAGGAGGUCAAGCUAUCUGGAUUUAUCAACUGCAGGGAGGACUCCAAGGAUGCCCUGACCGCCGAGAAGCCGGGCUACGAGACGGGAUCCUCGGCCAGGCUGUCGUUUGCCAAGAAGAACGCCAGUGCCGUGAAUGUCUGGAAGAUUAGCGGCGAUGAUGAGGAGCUGAUCGAUGAGGAGGAUCUGCUGGACGAGGAGGACAAACAGAAGCCGGAUCCCGCGGGUCUGCGUGUCUGCAGCACCACGGGAAAGCGCAAGGCCUGCAAAAAUUGCUCCUGCGGCUUGGCGGAGGAACUGGAGACCGAAAAACAAAGCCAGACGGCCACCGAGAAUGCCAAGUCCAGCUGCGGAAAUUGCUACCUGGGCGACGCCUUUCGCUGCUCCACUUGCCCCUACCUGGGAAUGCCCGCCUUUAAGCCCGGCGAGAAGGUGGAACUGGGUGGAAACCUCCUCAAAUCCGACAUUUAACAAUCACGCACACAUUUCAAAUACAUAGUUUAUUAAGCUGACUUACUAACAAACAAUAAUGUCAUAAUGUAAAUACACAAAAAUGCACCGCAUCACA